AUGCGUCUUUUUCACAUUUUCUAUCAGUUCGAAAUAAUUUUGGAGGAUGCUUUCAUCAGCAAUAAUGUUGGAGCCAUCACAGUAGCACUUCUGAGGGAGAAAGCCUCCAAGUCGUUGGUUAACAGAUUGAACAAAGUCGCUAACAAGGUAGGCUAUUUUCUCACAUCCACAUAUUCGUCAAAUUACAUUUUUGUGGGUAUGAAAUUCCUGCUUGAAGUAGCCUAUUUAUUUAUAACAAAUUAUCAGUAAAACCUUACCAAAGCACAUUUGUUCCACAAUAAACGUGCUGAACAGUUUUGUUAGAAUUGUAAACAUUUUCUCUCCCCAUUUCUCCUCUGUGGAUUGCAGGAACUUGACAGAAGUGUGUUCAAAAGUGUCACUUUGCUUUUGAGAGGCAUUGAAGAUGUAUGCCAGAGUGAUGAAGACUGCUUUAACUGCCUGGCCAGGCAAGGUCUCAUUUACAAGAUAAGUAUCUAACCAAGCAAAAAAUAUUUUUAAAAUCUCCAAAGAUUUAUUUAACAUUCAUAAAUGUCAUCUAUCGGGUUCUGAUGUGUCUAUUUGACUGUGUGUUUGUUCAUUUCCACAUGUUGACGUGGUUUGAAAGAGCUGUAGACUUUCUGAAAAUGGAGGAAUACAAAGGCGUGAAGGACCUGCUCAGCCUUAUUGAGGCCUUCUUUGAUUUUUUCCUGGUAAGGUGUGAGUUGGCCAAAUUCUAAAUCAACCCCUGGCCCUACCCCCUAGGCACUCCUGUAGAACAUCCUGUAAAACCUUACCAUGUAGAUCUUACCAAUAUGUUAAUUAAUUCACCUUGCCUUAUGAUAGGCUGGGUGGGUUGUUUGCCAUGUUGCUUUCCUAUCUAGGUUUGCAAAAUUCCAAACUUUCUCAAAAUUCCCUGGUUUUCCAGAAAUCCUGGUUUGAAGAUUCCUGGAAUAAACUGGAAAUCCGGGCAUCCUCCAACCGGGAAUUCUGGAAAACCUGGGAAUUUUCGAAAAGUUACAGGAACCGUAUCUGUAUCAAAUCAUUUCAGAUCUACAGAAGUGUCUAGGGCAGGGCUCUCUAACCCUGUUCCUGGAGAGCUACCGUCCUGUAGGUUUUCGCUCCAACCCUAAUCUAGCGCACCUGAUUCUAAUAAUUAGCUGAUUGAUAACCUGAAUUAGGUUAGUUACAACUGGAGUUGGAGUGGAAAACCUACAGGAGACUUCUCUCCAAGAACAGUGGUGGAGAGCUCUGGUCUAGGGUCGAUUUGGAAUUCAGAAUACAUUUCCAAUGUUAUCCACUACAUCAGCCAACUAAAUACUAAUGUUUUUUCACCUCAUUUUUCAGCGUUUGCCGCCUUCUGUGGAAGGUGAACUAUUUCCAUAAUUUUGAUCAUUCCACAAUUUCCAUCAAUUGUUUUGUUUUAUGCUGGUAGCUACAGUAAUGCUGUUUAUUUUUUUGGGGGGGGGGAAGACAGAGGUCAGCUCACCAGCGUCUUCCUGCUGCAUGUUGGAGUGGUUGGGACCGACCCAGACGUCACGUUUGGUCUGAGAUUAGAGGUAAGGCUGUACAGUCAUUGAGAGAUAUGUUGUUGGCUCAGAAGGUUAGGAAGAAAGCCAUUUUGUUCACUAAAAAGGGAGACUGUCUAAUAGGAAAGCAGGAAAAACUUUUUUUUAUAGUGUGUUCAUCAAUGUGGUACAUUUGAUGAUCCUUAAUAAAGAAUGGAAUAUAUUUUUCUAAACAUUAACACCCUGCAUGCAAUUCUAUUGGAUGUUACAUUGUUCUUGUCUCCAAAAUUAUAAAACGAAUACUUCACUAUUUUAUUUUUAUCCAUUCAGGCUAUAAGAACGAUUAACUCGAUCCUCGACAAUACCACAAAAGAAGAGAGGAGGAAACUAAGCCUGUCCAAAGAACAUUGUCUACUCCUGUACGUUUUCAGUCAUGACAGAUUCCUGUAAAUACGAGAACAUGGAGAGGAGGCCUUUCCAACAUUGAAUAUGGUGUCUGAGAAUGCAUUGCCCCCUAGUGGAUAGAUGUAGUCUACACGGCAUUUGUAUUUUCUUUAGCAGGAUUGUGUUCGUUAGGCACCAAGCAGAAGAACAGGGAGUGACAGUGACUACAUGGACUUCUCCCAUAAGAAAUGCUCAAUUUCGUUUACCGUUGCAAAACGCUUAAAUGUUUCCCAUUGCAUGCACCAACUAACAUGACCCAGUUAAUUAUGACCCAAUUACCACAUUGACUAAGGAUCUGUAUUCUCCAACCUUGUGUCGAUGCAGAUCACAGGUUUAAUCUCCCUCCUUUCAUUUAGUGUUCACGUCAGCAUUUACCAAUAGUCAUGAUCACUCGCACAUCCUCAGAAUUGUAACGCAGUUUGACGUUUUUUUUCCUCCAGUGAGCAAUUUGCAAAAGUCAUUCUCAACGUGGGUGGUGAGUGACACUGUUUUCAGUUGUUUUUUAUGGCAUGCAAUUCACUGUAUGGAAAAUGCAUAGUUGUCUGUGAAUGUGACUUGGGUAGUGGUUUUGUUCAGACUAUGAGAUGCAGGUGGCCCUAUCAGAAGCACUCUGUCGAAUGACCGUAAAGAGGUCCAGGAAAGAGCUGGCAAACAAGUGGUUUGCCAACCCAGCUUUUGCAGAGGGCUUCAACGCAAUAAACGAUAGAGAAUUUGAGAUAGUACGUUUCUCUAAGUCUGCGUUCUUCACUUACCCAUAAAUAAAUUAAUUGUUGAUAGUGGUAUUCAAAAAUUCAUGUUAUUUGGGGUAAAACAUGCAUGCAUGUCUUAACUGUCAAGAAAGGCUAGCCUUAAUUUUUUCUGUUGCAAAAUAGGACUGCAGAACUUUUCUCAAUGAUGUGAACAUCUAUUUUGGAGAUGAAAGAAGGCAAGUCCACACUAUUUUCUCUACAUUUCAAACACCCACCUCAUGAUUCUCAAAUGAAAAUCACAUUUCAAAUUAUUUAAAUAGAGAAUCUUUGUGUAAAGAAUAAAUGGCAUCAAACACAACAGUUUCACAUGGUAAGAUAAUGGCCUGUCUCUCAUAGGGUUUUCAGCUUCCCCUGCAUCAGUGUGUUUCUAAACACCACUGAGGUAAGCACAGCAAUAGUCCCUGGAUAACUGCUCCAAAGUCAUAAGGGGACAUGGAUGACACUCCAGAUAAUAUAAAGAUAAAUGUGUGGCAGUUAUGACUCAUAAAUGUGUCCUAUUUGAAGCUAACUGUCUCAUGUCAUGCAUGGGUACCUCUAAUUGGGUCUUAUAUUCCCCUCAGCCAAUGAUGUGUGUAACACUUACAAAUUACUGUCUUUGUCUUCAGCUGUUCAUGCCAGAGGACGAGAAACUAGAACAUUUCUGGGUUGACUUCAACCUGGGAACGUCCUGCAUCAGCCUCUUUGUCAACGACCCUGAGGUGAGACUGACCAGACCACACACACCAGUGUAUGUCAGCGCUAAAUUAAUGUCAGUAGUGUUUACUUUAAUGGGUCACUCCUUGAUUUACAAUGUCCUAAAUGAGGCUUUUAAGUUUGUGUUUUCCCCCUUUGCCAUGUCCUCUGGUGCUACAGGGUUCACUGUGGGAAUCAAUUCACUUGAUAAGAGCGGACGUCUUUAGGUUCAGUGUGUGUGGUGAGUGGAGAAUGCCUCUUGCAUCAUUACCCCUUCAGUUUGAUGCUUAAAUAAGGAUAUGGCACUUUUACUUUAUUUGAGAAGUAACUAGCUACAUUAAUUUAUGUUUACUGUGAUUCUCCCUCCAGACUGUGAUGAUCAGACCAUUCUGACUGUUCACCUGUCCAACCCCAUCACCCAUCGCAUGACCAAGGGAAAGAUUGUCCAGAUCAUAUUCGAUUCCAAGCAUGACAUCCUGGACGCUGCCCAGAGAGUCUUUGAAAGCAAACGACUACUGGUAACCCCUAACGUGACAGUUGAAUUAUGAGGACAUGAGAAGCCCAUUGUUAUGUUAUGAAAGUAGGCUACGCCCUAUUCUUCCUUUUCCCCCAGCAAAGUGUACCUUCAGCUGACCAGCCAUCGAUACAACACGUCAUGGAACCCUUCCAUUCAGAUAUGUUCAGUUCUUUAAUCACAUAGACUGUGAUCUGGUCUGAUACAGCACAUAGGUUAACUAUAUUAAUUUCCACUUUAAAGGGACGCUUCGGGAUUUUGGCAGUAUCUGUUAACAUAUACCCAUACACUUCCAGUCAGUAGUUAGCUUUGGCUCGAGAAACUACCUUGAACUUCCUUCAUACUGGACACAGAGACAUAAAAAUGGUGUCCAUGAGUUCAUCUGAGGAAGUACAGUCGUGGUCAAAAGUUUUGAAUGACACAUAUUAAUUUUCACGAAGUCUGUUGUCUCAGUUUUUAUGAUGGCAAUUUGCAUAUACUCCAGAAUGUUAUGAAGAGUGAUCAGAUUAAUUGCAAAGUCCCUCUUUGCCAUGAAAAUGAACUUAAUCCCAAAAAAACAUUUCCACUGCAUUUCAGCCCUGCCACAAAAGGACAAGCUGACAUCAUGUUAGUGUUGACGAGGACAAGGCUGGAGAUCACUCUGUCAUGCUGAUUGAGUUAGAAUAACAGACUGGAAGCUUUAAAAGGAGGGUGGUGCUUGAAAUCAUUGUUCUUCCUCUGUUAACCAUGGUUACCUGCAAGGAAACACGUGCCAUCAUCAUUGCUUUGUACAAAAAGGGCUUCACAUGCAAGGAUAUUGCUGCUAGUAAGAGUGCACCUAAAUCAACCAUUUAUCGGAUCAUCAAUAACUUCAAGGAAAGUGGUUAAAUUGUUGUGAAGAAGGCUUCAGGGUGCCCAAGAAAGUCCAGCAAGCGCCAGGACCGUCUCCUAAAGUUGAUUCAGCUGCGGGAUCGGGGCACCACCAGUGCAGCGCUUGCUCAGGAAUGGCUGCACGCACAGUGAGGCGAAUACUUUUGGAGGAUGGCCUGGUGUCAAGAAGGGCAGCGAGGAAGCCACUUCUCUCCAGGAAAUACAUCAGGGACAGACUGAUAUUCUACAUGAGGUACAGGGAUUGGACUGCUGAGGACUGGGGUAAAGUCAUUUUCUCUGAUGAAUUCCCUUUCCGAUUGUUUGGGGCAUCCGGAAAAAAGCUUGUCCGGAGAAGAAAAGGUGAGCACUACCAUCAGUCCUGUGUCAUGCCAACAGUAAAGCAUCCUGAGACCGUUCAUGUGUGGGGUUGCUUCUCAGCCAAGGGAGUGGGCUCACUCACAAUUUUGCCUAAGAACACAGCCAUGAAUAAAGAAUGGUACCAACACAUCCUCCGAGAGCAACUUCUCCCAACCAUCCAAGAACAGUUUGGUGACGAACAAUGCCUUUUCCAGCAUGAUGGAGCACCUUGCCAUAAGGCAAAAGUGAUAACUAAGUGGCUCGGGGAACAAAACAUCGACAUUUUGGGUCCAUGGCCAGGAAACUCCCCAGACCUUAAUCCCAUUGAGAACUUGUGGUCACUCCUCAAGAGGCGGGUGGACAAAUAAAACCCCACAAAUUCUGACAAACUCCAUGCAUUGAUUAUGCAAGAAUGGGCUGCCAUCAGUCAAGAUGAGGCCCAGAAGUUAAUUGACAGCAUGCCAGGGCGGAUUGCAGAGGUCUUGAAAAAGAAGGGUCAACACUGCAAAUAUUGACUCUUUGCAUAAACGUAAUGUAAUUGUCAAUAAAAGCCUUUGACACUUAUGGAAUGCUUGUAAUUAUACUUCAGUAUACCGUAGUAACAUCUGACAAAAAUAUCUAAAAACACUGAAGCAGCAAACUUUGCGAAGACCAAUACUUGUGUCAUUCUCAACUUUUGACCACGACUGUAGAUGAAGGGCCUCAUUGCCAAAAUCUCGAAGUAUUCCUUUAAAUAACCUGUACUCUGGGGGUAGACGUAAAUGUAAAUCAGGGCCACUCCAAUUUGGUAAAUGUUUUGUAUGGUAUGUAUUAAUUUGUGGAUGUUCAUCCAUUUCGUAUAUAAUAUGUUACGAAUGCCAAUUUUGUUUUGGCUAAAGUUAGCUAGGUGGCUAACAUUAGCUAGGCAGGGGUUAAGGUUAGGGGAAGAGUUAGCUAACAUGCUAAGUAGUUGCUAAAGUUGUCCCUGAUGAGAUUAGAACACACAAUAUUUGGUUUGCUAGACUUCGCGUUAUACGCCCACCCAAACACCCACCCACCCUAACCAACCACCCUACUUUACUAUGUUACGUCUAGUCUGAGGCCAGGCUGCUGUAAAAUAAUGUAUGAAUUCAUGGAAUGUAUUUCUCCACUGUAGAUCUCGACGUGCUAGCUGCAAUAGAGGCCUCAUCACUGUAAGUACCCUAUGCUUUAUGUGGCAGUCUAUAUGGUUAUUUAUGAUAAAUUGGACUACAUUGGGGUUUUUAAGAUGAGCAACUGAUUGUUUCCGCCAAGGUCCCCUACUCUGGCAACAACAGGCAGCACAGAGGUAAGCAUUAACCCACAUGAAGGGGUAACUUAACCCUACUCAGUGGGGCUCCUUUAACCUAGUCCCAUACUGUAUGAACUGUAUCCAACUCUGUCAAGCUAUAUCAUUAUAUGGCAUGUGGUAAUAUAGAGUUGAAUGUUGCACAUAUAGUAUGAGAGUACUAAUGAUUGUUGUGUCGUAUAGAUCCCUGCUGUAAACCAGACCAGUCUGACAACAUCUCAGACUCGGUGAGUGAUCACAACAAAAUGUUUCUAUGGUUCACCAAUACUAUACUCUUUCCAGUAUUUCCAUCAAAUCCUGUGAAGUCAUUGUUUUUCUCAUAUCAUAGGGAAAGAAGUGAAACCUCACCGGAGGACAUUUUCAAACUGUGUGGCAGCUCUGACACUGAGGUUGGCUAUUUGAUUCUUGUCAUCUUAUGUCACAGGCCUUCCCCCAAUGUCUGCUGUGAUGCUAUUUGAGCAAUGCUUUCAAUGAGACAAUGAGUAUUAAUCAUCAAGUCAGUGGAUCUAAUGACUGUAGAUGCCUUUAAAAAUAUACAUUCAAAAUGCUUGGUUGUCUGGGUACAUACUCCCCUCUGUAUUUAUUUGGGACAGUGAAGCUAAAAUUUGUAAAUUUGGCUCUAUACUCAGCGUUUUGGAUUUGACCAUGUUUCAUGAGGUGACAGUACAGAAUGUCACCUUUUUUAUUUGAAGGAAUUUUUAUAGUGCUUUCAUUACUAAAUAGUAAAACAGCUAUGUAUGUAGUCCCUCCAUUUGAAAAAGUUUAUGUAUAUAUACAGUGCCUUCAGAAAGUAUUCAGACCCCUUGACUUUUUCCAAAUUUUAUUACAUUAAAGCCUUAUUCUAAAAUGUAUUUUUAUCCAUCUACACACACAAUACCCCAUAAUGACAGGAGUCCACCUGUGGUAAAUUCAAUUGAUUGGACAUGCUUUGGAAAGGCACACACCUAUCUAUAUAAGGUCCCACAGUUGACAGUGCAUGUCAGAGCAAAAACCAAGCCAUGAGGUCGAAGGUAUUGUCCGAAGAGCUCCGAGACAGGAUUGUGUCGGCACAGAUCUGGGGAAGGGUACCAAAAAAUGUCUGCAGCAUUGAAGUUCCCCAAGAACACAGUGGCCUCCAUCAUUCUUAAAUGGAAGAAGUUCGGAACUACCAAGACUCUUCCUAGAGCUGGCCGCCCGGCCAAACUAAGCAAUCGGGGGAGAAUGGCCUUGGUCAGGGAGGUGACUCUGACAGAGCUCCAGGGUUCUUCUGUCGAGAGUGGAGAACCUUCCAGAAGGACAUCCAUCUCUGCAGCACUCCACCAAUCAGGCCAUUAUGGUAGAGUGGCCAGACAGAAGCCACUCCUCAGUAAAAGGCACAUGGACAGCCUGCUUGGAGCUUGCCAAAAGCCACCUAAAGGACUCAGACCAUGAGAAACCAGAUUAUCUGGUCUGAUGAAACCAAGAUUGAACUCUUUGGCCUGAAUGCCAAGCGUCACGUCUGGAGGAAACCUGGCACCAUCCCUACGGUUAAGCAUGGUGGUGGCAGCAUCAUGCUGUGGGGAUGUUUUUCAGUGGCAGGGACUGGGAGAUUAGUCAGGAUCGAGGGAAAGAUGAACGGAGCAAAGUACAGAGAUCCUUGAUGAAAACCUGCUUCGGGACAAGUCUCUGAAUGUCCUUGAGUGGCCCAGCCAGAACCAUUUUAGAAUAAGGCUGUAACUGAACAAAAAUGUCUGAAUACUUUCUGAAUGUGCUGUGUGUGUAAAUGUAUGUACACUACCAGUCAAAAGUUUGGACACACCUACUCAAUAAAUGUUUUUUCUUUAUUUUUACUAUUCUUUUACAUUGAAGAAGAAUAGUGAAGACAUCUCAACUAUGAAAGAACACAAUGGAAUCAUGUAGUAACCAAAAAAGUGUUAAAUCAAAAUAUAUUUGAGAUUUUUCAUAUAGCCACCCAUUGUCUUGAUGACAACUUUGCACACGCUUGGCAUUCUCUCAACAAGCUUCAUGAGGUAGUCACCUGGAAUGCAUUUCAAUUAACAGGUGUGCCUUCUUAAAAGUUAAUUUGUGGAAUUUAUUUCCAUCUUAAUGCGUUUGAGCCAAUCAGUUGUGUUGUGACAAGGUGGGGGUGUUAUACAGAAGAGAGCCUAUUUGGUAAAAGACCAAGUCCAUAUUAUGGCAAGAACAGCUCAAAUAAGCAAAGAGAAACAACAGUCCAUCAUUACUUUAAGACAUGAAGGGCAUUCAAUACGGAACAUUUCAAGAACUUUUAAAGUUUCUUCAAGUGCAGUCGCAGAAACCAUCAACCGCUAUGAUGAAACUGGCUCUCAUGAGGACCUUCACAGGAAGACCCAGAGUUACCUCUGCUGCAGAGGAUAAGUUCAUUAGAGUUACUAGCCUCAGAAAUUGCAGCCCAAAUAAAUGCUUCACAGAGUUUAAGUAACAGACACAUCUCAACAUCAACUGUUCAGAGGGGACUGUGUGAAUCAGGCCUUCAUGGUUGAAUUGCUGCAAAGCAACCACUACUAAAGGACACCAAUCAGAAGAAGUGACUUGCUUGGGCCAAGAAACAAAUUGGAGAUUUUUGGUUCCAACCGCCAUGUCUUUGUGAGAUGCGGUGUGGGUGAACGGACGAUCUCCGCAUAUGUAUUUCCCACCGUAAAUCAUGGAGGUGUUAUGGUGUGGGAUUGCUUUGCUGGUGACACUGUCUGUGAUUUAUUUAGAAUUCAAGGCACACUUAACCAGCAUGGCUACCACAGCAUUCUGCGGUGAUAUGCCAUCCCAUCUGGUUUGGGCUUAGUGGGACUAUCAUUUGUUUUUCAACAGGUCAAUGACCCAACACACCUCCAGGCUGUGUAAGGGCUAUUUUACAAAGGAGAGUGAUGGAGUGCUGCAUCAGAUGACCUGGCCUCCACAAUCCCCCGACCUCAACCCAAUUGAGGUGGUUGGGGAUGAGUCGGACCGCAGAGUGAAGGAAAAGCAGCCAACAAGUGCUCAGCAUAUGUGGGAACUCCUUCAAGACUGUUGGAACACUCCAGGUGAAGUUGGUUGAGAGAAUGCCAAGAGUGUGCAAAGCUGUCAUCAAGGCAAAGGGUGGUAUUUGAAGAAUCUCAAAAAUAAAAUGUAUUUUGAUUUAACACUUUUUUGGUUACUUCCAUGUGUUAUUUCAUAGUUUUGAUGUCUUCAAUAAUUAAUUUAGAAAUGAGCAAAAAUAAAGAAAAACCCUUAAAUGAGUAGGUGUCAACUUUUGACGUAUGUUGUAUGUGUAUUCAGACCCCUUGACCUUUUCCACAUUUUGUUACAGGCUUAUUCUAAAAUGCUAACCUCUCACCAUUACCAGUAACAGGGGAGGGUAGCGGUUUUUGGAGGGGUAUGAUCUUUGUUCCGCUAACUUUCUCACUCUUCAUUAUUCAAGAAUCAUUCAUGAUUAUCCAUAAUCAUGGUAGGUAGCAUCCAAAUGAAUAUUGACGUGUUCAGAAACGUCUUCCAUUCUUAUUUACAAUAAGUGACUCCAAAAUGACACUACAUUAUUCACCAUUCAGUUCCUAUUGGGCAAAACAUAAUCAGAAACACAACCCAAGCAAACUGCAAAUGCAUCAAACAAAUUUGUAGAGGCACAAGCUUGAUGUAGUCUUUGCGUGCUAGAAAUAUGGGACCAAAUAUUUUUUGGGCCUACUUUAAUACAAUAAGUGAAUUUGUCCAAAUGCUUAUGAAAAAACGUAGAAUGUGGGGACUAGAUGCAUAAAGUGCUUUCAUUUCUAAACGGUUAAAUGGAUAUCUAUGAAAAUACCCUCAAAUAGGUGACAUUCUGUACUGUCGUAUCGUAUGAACAUUUUGAUCUCAAAUGUUUUACAUUUAGCUUCACUGUCAAAAUAAAUACGGAGGGGAGUGUAUGUCCAAGAUCAUGAUGAAAACCUGCCACCUUCUGGAGACCACAGGAACACUGCUUGUGCAGUCAGAUCAUGUCACUGAAAACGUCUGUGAUGUCUUGGGCCUUGGCAUUACCAUCGCUGCAUGUGUUAACGUCUGACUGCCUCAGGUCACUGUUGAAGUAACUGAGACUAUUGGUGCCACGUAUACAGACUUGUCACAUGUCAGGAAGCAAGAGAGUAUUACAUUCUUGACUGCUUUGAAGAGGUACCAGGUCAGUUUGUAGAUGGAGAAAUGUCUAUAGACUGUCUAUUGUGUAUGUUUAGAGGGUAAAGUACUAAACCACUUUCCUCUCAAGGGUAUCUGUUUGGCCAUAUUUCCCUCUACAUUUAAACAUCAGUGUCUCUAUGCUGUCUGUCUGUUUUGCAGGUGGCCAGGGCGAAAACAAGGCUCUUCAGCAGUCAGUGUCUCUCCUCUGGCGGGUAAAGCCACAGUCCCAAACACUUGUCCGAAAGACCUCUACAGGACACCUCUCUGUUCCUGUUAACUCACAAACCAGUUCAAUGUUCACUCAGUUAUAUUAGUCGGUUGUCUGUAAUCAUGUCUGUUGAAACUGUUAAACUGUAUCUAUAGUUGAUGUUGUCUCACAAAUAGCAAGACCAAAGAAAACCCCUUGGUAAUCGAAUGGACACUACUAGUUGCAGAGGACUAGUGCAAUUAUAGUUAAUUGAUUUCUGUCUUCGUGUCCUCUUCAGGUCAUCAACACACUCCACCCCAACCAACAAGGAGAAACACAAGCAAAAGGUUUGCAAAACAAUUUUCACGAUUUGAUCAAAGUAUUAGGGUAUUGCACUCAAUGGGAUUCGCUGCUAACCAUUUGUCAUUUGUGGUAUCGUAACUACUUCAGUCCUCCAGGACCCCCAACAGCACACAUUUUGUUGUAAACAAAAACACCUGAUAUAACUUGUCAAGGGCUUGACGAUUAGUUGACUAGUAGAAUCAGGUGUGCUUGUCCGGGGCCACAACAAAAAUAUGUACUAUUGAGGGUAUGGGGGACCGGAGUUGGGAAACACUGCUGUAGCCAGUGGCGUUGUUUUGAAAUCUCAUAUUCGUAUGAAUGAAUAAAGGUAUUGAACUUUAUUGAUAUCCUCUACAGUCCAAAUCAAAGGCCUCUCCUCCUCCCCCUCCCGAGGCUGGCAGCAGUGUGACCCUGUCCCAACGGGCCAAACACGACUACACCAGGAAGAAGCCCAAAACCAAGAGCAAACUGAAGAGUGAGCAUGCCACGUCCCGCUUCCCCUCACACCCACUCAUUGUGUCUGAGUGCUCUGAGCUGCGUUGGUCUAGUAGACACCCUGCUGUAGCCAGUAUCCCCCUCACUCUCUCUACAGUUCUCCCCCUGUCCUCUCCCAGCAGCACGGAAGAGGCCUCCCCCGUCAAGGUAACACGCGUCUCUCCUUUAUUCUAGGUUAGUAAUUUUAUAGCUGGUGGCAGCCAUAGCCCUAUUUCACCUAGGCUACCAGACAGUACCACCCCUUAAAACAAACUGACUGUCAGUAACAUUUUGGGCAGUUAUCAAAUUGGAUGAAAUUAUUGGUUAUGCCAUAGUGUUUUAAAGGUACUGUAUGGGAUCUAGGAAUCUCUUCUGUGGUCAUUUAUUCUUGAAGAAUAUAAAGUGAAAAAUGAAUCCUAGGAUGUAGCUUUAAUAGCAUAGGUCCAGUUUUUGGUGUGCCUCUUUACCUCGGGACUGUGAUAUGAAAUGUUAUUGCUGUUUGACAGUUGAUGUCCACCACAUCCCCUUUCUGUUUUGAACAGCACCGUACACCAAGUAAAAGCACUGCAGAGCAGCUAUUCGACCAGCUCAAAGAGAAAGAAACUCUGGAGUUUUCUCCUCCGUCCAACCUGAUUUCACGAGAUUCAGGCAAGCUAUACAUUCAUCAGAACAAGGCUGCAUCUGAAAUGGCACCCUAUUCAAUAUAGUGCACUAUUUUUGCCUGGGCUCAUAGAGGCAAUGUUAACUAUGGUUGAAUUUUGAACUCAUGGAUCAUGGUGCUAUAGUUUGAGACCUGUAGCUGAUGUGAAACCUGUAUGGGACUUUCCCUUCAAUACAGGUAUUUUUUAUUUUACCUUUAUUUAACUAGGCAAGUCAGUUAAGAACAAAUUCUUAUUUACAAUGACGCCAAACCCGGACGACGCUUGGCCAAUUGUGCACCGCCCUAUGGGACUCCCAAUCACGGCCGGUUGUGAUACAGCCUGGAAUCGAACCAGGGGGUCUGUAGUGACGCCUCAAGCACUGAGAUGCAGUGCCUUAGACCACUGCGUGUCAAAAUAAAAGUCCCAUACAGGUGUCACAUUAGCUAACAACAUUGCAUUUCUUGCAGGCUUCCCUGAUGUGACUGGUGAGGAUUGGGACAAAUCUGUGUUUCACCGGGAGGAACAAGAUGAAUCUACACUUCAGGUACCCCGUAGUACUAGCCUGGUGCCAGAUCUGUUUGUGCUGUUUAGCCAUCGCCAUAGACUACGACCGUAAGCAUUGGCUAUACAGCACAAACAGAUCUGGCACCAGGCUAUCAUGGUACAUCCCAAUAACACAAAAUAUGUUUCACCUCUCCAAUAGGAGAAUCCCUCUCCUAUUCCGAAAUCUUCUCUUGGAAGAUUUACUAACAGAAACCCUACAUUUGUACCCUGGUGCUAGUUAUUCUAUUGUUUUGUUGGGUGUUUACUGUACUGUUGGUUCUAACAUAUGUAAUACAUGUUAUAACAUGUAUAUGUUAUUAUAAUAUAAAUGUAAUCUGUCAUAAUCAGUGCUUGACUUGGGCAGGAGCUCACCGGAGCUGAGUACCGGCACCUCCAUUUUCUACUGCUUGAGCUCCUGUUCCUCUAGUAGAAUAUUAGCUCAAAAGUGUUGUGGAGCUCCUGCACCUAAAUAUAAACAGUACCGGCACCUAUUUUAGUCCAAGUCAAGCACUGGUCAUAAUGUGAAAUCAUUAUUUCAGGACCAUGUUCCCAAUCAGGAGGCUGCAACUCCUAGGAAGAGGCCUUGGGCCUCAGGUAUGUCUCUGAAGUCCCUCUGCAAUGAAUUGACAUGUACUGUUGACCAAUCUGGUCUUUAUAUGUCUAAAAGAGCAUUUGUUUUCAAAUACUUACCUUGGUCGUAUUCAUUAGGCAUCAAACUGAAUUAAAAGGACAAACGGGGAGGGACUACCUGAACUUGUCCUAUAAGAAGAGCUUGCGUUCGUUUUCAAUUGCAAAAUGUUUUACUAUUAUGCAACCUAAUGAAUACGAUAGAACACUUGAUAAAACAUGGCCCUCAGUGAAGGAGAAAUUAGCAUAAAGGUGUGGACUGGUGCUGACCGUGGUCAAUGGCCAUGUUGUGGUCUUAUUACUCAGCAGAGCGUGCUGACUCGGGAGGUGCAGCGGAGGAGAAGAGUGUGCUGCCAGAGAGGAAGCUAGAAAGGGAUCCCUCGGAUCCAAGGCUAAGACCUAGGGCCCUCUUCCCCUCAGACCCUCUAGAGGAGGCUGCUGGUAAUACAUCGUAAAUCGUACACACAUGCAUACAGUGCAUUUGGAAAGUAUUCAGACCCCUUGACUUUUUCCACAUUUUGUUACGUUACAGCCUUAUUCAACAAUUGAUUUAAAAAAUAAUAAUCCUCAGCAAUCUACACACCAUACCCCAUAAUGGCAUAGUGAAAACAGGUUUUUAGAUUUUUUUGCAAAUUUAUAAAACUACAUAAAACAGAUACCUUAUUUACAUUAGUAUUCAGACCCUUUGCUAUGAGACUCGAAAUUGAGCUCAGGUGCAUCCUGUUUCCAUUGAUCAUCCUUGAUGAUUCUACAACUUGAUUGGAGCCCACCUGUGGUAAAUUCAACUGAUUUGACUUGAUUUGGAAAGGCACACACCUGUCUAUAUAAGGUCCCACAGUUGAUAGUGUAUAUAAGGGCCCCGUGUAGCUCAAUUGGUAGAGCAUGGCGCUUGCAACACCAGGGUUGUGGGUUCGAUUCCCACGGGGGGCCAGUAUGAAAAAUGCAUGCACUCACUAACUGUAAGUCGCUCUGGAUAAGAGCGUCUACUAAAUGACUAAAAUGACAAAUGUAAUAGUGCAUGUCAGAGCAAAAACCAAGCUAUGAGGUCGACAGAAUUGUCCGUAGAAUAUUUAUGUAAAUUAGACUUCUGUAUUUCAUUGUAAAAAAAUUAGCUAACAUUUCUAAAAACAGGUUUUCACUUUCUCAUUAUGGGGUAUUGUGUGUAGAUGGGUGACAUUUAUUUUUAUCCAGUUUAAAUUCAGGCUGUAACAACAAUAUGUGGAAUAUGUCAAGGGGUAUGAAUACUUUCUAAAGGCACUGUAUGCUACUGGAUGUGCAGGCUUUUGUUCCAACCCCAUCUGUUUCCUGCUCUCCAGAAUCCAUGAGCAGAGUGCUGAAUGAGGAGGUGGAGUCUGAGAUGGAGAUGGGCUCUGGAGUCAUCGCUGCCUUCCAGACCUUCAAGAGCCAGCUGAGAGCGCACUUCUCGGUGAUCACAUCACACGGACUCAUGCAACACAACAUACAAUCAUGGUCACUACUGUUACCCUGGUCCUGGAGAGCUACAGCUUGCCCCAUUCUAAUCUCGAACCCAGAAGAAAAAAUAUUGCGUGCGCUGGCCAGCUACUGUCACCAGAGAUCAGCCCGGCACUAACACACGAUUCCUCCAAUCGCUUACCCAUCAAGACCUUUAAAACUAGACACUAGAAAACAUUUGACUAUGGAGCUAUUUGAUAAAGGUUGCUACCAUUCAUGUUUCAGUUGACUAAUCCCCCUUUCCUAUUGUUCCUACAGUCCAGAUACAAGAAGAUUGAAGCCCGCUCCCUGCAGUCUCUGACGGACUGUCAGAAAAACGUCACCUCUCUCCUGGGUGCUGUCCAUGACAACAGGUAAAGACCAUCACCUGGACCAGUCUUAAAUAAUAAUGGAUUAAUUAAUAAUUGAUGGAUUCAUUUAGAUUAAUCUCAAAUCGCUUUACACUUGGGAGCUCGUCUCAUCCAUGGGUGAUGUUUAUACAUAGUGAUUGGACAUGCCACCUAUUCUUGUGUCCUAUGAUUGUUGGAAGAUUCCGCUGAGAUUCUCUCUGGUCCUGUGAUUGGUCGAGGAUGUGGUUUACAGUGACUUUCUUCCUGUUUGUGCAGGCUGGUCCACCUGGAGCGCUUCCAGGCCACAGUAGUCCAGGAGUUGGGCCGCCUGGAGAACGACUGCAUCUCGCUCAAAGAGAUCGAGAGGGAAACUGUGGUCUGUCUUUCUUCUGUCUCUCUGACUAGCACACCGUCCUCAUUGAAACGCAUUACUUCAUUUGAUGUUACCCUUACUUAAACCUGGGCCGUGUGUUUGUUAGGGCAAGCAACGGAAAAGAUUUUGUAACAGAUAACAAAAAUUACAUUUCUUAUGGAUGGGUGGUUGAACUCCUGUUUUCUGCCAUCCGGUGCCUAAUGAACACGACCCAGGCUGCCUUAUGUUCAUAAUGAGAGAGUUUGUGGCUGAUGUAUGUACUGCUACAGAGAUUACUUGGAAAGUAGGGCAGGCAAACUGCACAAGAACCAGUUGACAGUACUGCCUUCCUCCCACUAGGGUUCACUCUUGCUUCCACUACACCAUAAUGCUUUCUGGCCCACUCCUAAGAGUUAGGGUUUGGUUCAAAAGGAUUCAAAGGGUUAACAUUGUUUUGUUAACUCCUUUCAUUUUUCAGAACUUUUGGCAGAGCGAGUCUCAGUCCGUGCGGUCGUUCUGUGACCGACAGCAGCAGAGGUAAGUAAGCACAAAACGGCCAACUGACCUAACCUUAAUGCAGGGAGAUGGUACAUGUCACAUCACAUGUAUCUAAUAAUGAAAAUAAUAGCCAUGUCAGCUGAAAAGUCAUGCUCUCCCAUCGCCUUCCAGGUUAGAGUCACUAGGAGAGCCCAGAGAGGGGUGGAGGAGCAGCAUGUCACAGAGGGAGGAGGCUGCAGCACCACCGGUACCCUUCUGACCCACACAGUCUAUAACAUACAUCACAUGGCAUGUCCCCGUGGAGUAGGCUGUCCAUCCUGUCCUUGGACAUCAUUCUUGUCGUCUUUUCAAAAUGGCAAAUGAGAUAUUGUAUUAUAACCUAUAAUCGCAGACACGGAUCACUCAAAACGAGAGUAAAAACACUUUGUACACUGCAAAUCUAGCCAGGGUGAAGCAGGAGAACUAGUCAUCUCUGUAGCAGUGUUAUUGGUUGUGGUGUGAAUCAUGGUCACAGAGUUACUGUGUUAGUGGACCUCGGAUGUACUUGGGCUCCCCAGGAUGAACUACGGACCACACUGAACCAAGCAGAACUGAGCCAGCAGCAGCACUUCAUAACCCACCUGACUCCUAGAGUAUCAAAGACAAUAUUCCCAGCCUGA